AUGAAUAUCUCUCCUGCAACCAUUGCAUCCUCGCCGGUAACCUUGCCGGAAGAACUUAUCGCAGAGGUAUUAUCCUUGCUUAAAGUAAAAUCACUUUUGCGAUUCAAAUGUGUGAACAAGUCCUGGAACUCACUCAUCUCCGAUCCAUUCUUCGUCAAAAUGCACCUCAUUAAAUCAUCACGAAACCCACACAUUCUUCAUUCCCUCACAUACUUAUCGAGUACUUCCAAUUCCAAAAUUGGCCUACAAAAUCUUUCCAUACUACGCAGUUUGCUCGAGAAUCCCUCCAUCAAUCUCUUCCCAAAAGAUUCUAUAUACUUGAUGGAAAAGUGUUGUCAUAUUAUUGGUUCCUGCAAUGGAUUGACUUGUUUAGUCACUUCUCCCCGAUAUCCUAAGUGUGAGAUAGAACUCGAUAUAUGGAAUCCAGCAACCAGAUGUUUGUCCCAAAAACUAGACUCUUGGUACCAUGAUCUUAAUUUCUUGUUUAAGUUAUCAUUCGGUUAUGAUAAUUUAACUGAUAAAUAUAAGGUGGUGGCCUUCCGUUCCAAGCAGGUCCGAGUUUUCACUAUUGGUGAUAAUGUUUGGAGAAAUGUUCAAAUAUUUCCUACCUAUCCCUACGAGGAUCCCUACACUUGCUGCCAAUUGAAUGGUGUCUAUUUGAAUAAUAGCCUUAAUUGGUUUUCCCUUCGAGGUUUCCGCCCUAAUGAUUGUUAUCGUAGUAGGAAUCUUAGUGUUCAACAAUUUGUGAUCAUCUCAUUUGAUUUGGGAAUAGAGACCAAUACACAAAUUUUGUUCCCUCAUGAUUUUGAUCAAGUGCCAGAUGUUCCACCAAUUGUUUGCGUGUUGAUGGAAUGUCUUUGUUUUUCUCACUAUUCUAAGGGGUGUGAUUUUGUUAUAUGGCAGAUGAAGGAACUCGGAGUCCAGGAAUCUUGGACGAAAUUGCUUAAAUUUGAUUAUUGUAAUCAAUGUGGUAUUUUUGAAGUUCAUGAUAUGUUGCCUCUGCAUGUCUUUGAGAAUGGAGAUACGCUGAUAUUCGCCAGCAAUCCUAAACAAUUAAUUCUCUAUAAUUGCAGUGAAAAUAGAGUAGUAAAGCAAACUACAGUUACAAAUAGAAUACUCAUAAGUUGGUUUAAUAUCAACAAUUAUGUUGAAAGUUUGCUUUCACUCAUACAAUGGAAAUGGUAA